AUGGCAGCUCGGUUGAAUCUUCGUCGACAUGGUGCUACUCAGUCUAUGUUCGCCUUGGCCUUUUCUUCGAUCAACCAACAGCUUGCUUGCUGGCAAGAGCCAACACUGCUAUCUGAAGUUUUUGUGGUGCUAAGGUUUGGAGAUGAAGGUUUGGUUGCUGCAAUUUUGAUGGUCAGCUGCAAUUUAGAUGGUCAGCUUGCAGGUGGCUCUCAGAGUGUUUUGUUGCUAGUCUUGUUCAUUCAGCUAUCUGAAGUUUUUGUGGUGCUAAGGUUUGGAGAUGAAGGUUUGGUUGCUGCAAUUUUGAUGAUCAGCUGCAAUUUAGAUGGUCAGCUUGCAAGUUUAGUUUGGGCUGACCAUAGUGUGCAACAUAUUAAGGCUGCAAUCUUUGAUUCCUUAAAAAGAAGAGAGCCUAAUCCUUUGCUUACUACAAUAGAGUCAAUGGAACCUGAAGUUAUGCCCACUAUUCCAUUGCUUUCCAGAAGUAAGGAAAGACCUCUCUCUUCCUUGGUUAGCCAACCUAAGGCGUCAAAUAGGGCUGCAAUGAGUAGAAGAAAGAAAUCCUUGCCAAGAAAGUUUGUUGCUUCACGAGGAUCCACUUUAUCCGUUGAAGAGCUAAUGAAGAACAGGGAAGCCAUUCCCGAGAACUCAAGCCCUCUUGUGACUCUAACCAAGAUUGCAGAAAAUAAAAAGCCGAAUUUCUUUGCUGGCGAGUCAUCUAAGCAAAAUGUGCCUUGUGAAUGUGCAAAGGCCCCUGUUGAGCCAUUGGAAGGUACGACUGCUCUGUGGAAACCUUUGAAUUGUCUUGUAGAAACUGCAGGUAUAACAAAGCCUGGCAAGUCUAUUGUGCAAGAAUCUGUGGCAAAUUCAGCACUGCCCGUUGUCCAUGAAGAUGAGGAAAAUGCGAACAAAAUUACCAAAUUGAAGGAACGAGCUAAUAAAUCUAAAGUCAACAAUGAUGAGGGUCGAUCAAUGCUCGUGCCAUCAGGUUCAGAAAAACCUAAAAGGAAACGUAGGGGUCGACCAAAACGAGCUAUGGCCACUGAAGGGACAAAUAUUGCACCACAAGCUGUGGUUAAUGCUGCAAGCACUAUGGAAGGAGAUGAACCGUUGCCACAGUUACUCUCCUGCUACUUGAUGAUAAAGGAUGCAAAUGUACCAGUUUCAUCCAUCCAAAAGUUCGUUGUAGAUAGGCUGGAUCUUAACUGCCAUCAAGCUGAGGUGGAGAUCUCAUUGAAGGGUCAGCCAUUGCAUCCCAGCUUGCGACUGCAUAACUUAAUAGAUCUGUGGUUGCAGACAAUAGCAAAAUCAGAAGAAAUAAAGGCAACAGUGGGCAGCUCAGCGAAAGAUUGUGUGAUGGUUCUCUGUUAUGGUUGGAAACCUCAACCCUGUUAA